AUGUCAUAUCGAGGAAGUUAUUCUUCAAGUAAUUAUUAUUCAAGGAGGUAUUCUCCUGAUGACAGUAUGAGUGAUUCUCCAAUUAGUUAUUCACCUAAACCACGAGAUCGAGACCGAACGAAUGAAAGAAUGAAUGAACGAGAAUGGGAUAUGAUAAGACAUAACGAAUGGAAUGGGUACUCACCACGAAGAGGAGUAAGGCGAGAAGAACCAUACUUAUCACCACGAAGAGACAUUCGAAGAGAAGAACCAUAUCUUUCACCACGAAGAGAUAUUCGAAGGGAAGAACCAUACUUAUCACCACGAAGAGAAAUGAGAAGAGAUGAGCCAUAUCUUUCACCACGAAGAGAUAUUCGAAGAGAAGAUGAAAGUGGAAUGUUUUCACCACGUAGUCGAUCUGAAAUGAGAUUUAGAGAGAAACGAAGAGAAGAAGAACAAGAAGCAGAAACGUAUUUUAAUAGGAAUAGAAGAAAUGAAUGGUUUAUUAAACAAUUUCAUCCAAUCAAUUUAAGGGAAAGGAGAAUGGCUAAACAACGACAAGUACAAGAAGCGUAUGAUAAAUUUAUGAAUAACAUUAUAUUUCCGAAUUAUGGAGAUGAGAAGAGUCUUCCUGAUGAUCCAUAUGAUGGUAGAAGAGUUAUGGUAAUAUCUGAUCAUGCCACAACAAGUGAAAGAAUGAAAGAGAUUGCACCACUUAAAGAACAAGUCGAAAAAGUUGUUAUUGGAGAUCCACGAUAUAGGAAGGUUAGUGUUGGAUUUGUUGUAUAUAAAACUAAAGAAGCAGCUACACAAGCAAAAACAAUGCAAAGUGAAUCUGAAAGAAGUCAAUUAAGUUCUAUUCGAUCAAAAGAACCACAAUUACGUUAUGCACCAAGAGAUUUUAAUGAAAAAGAACGAUUAGACAAAGAUUGUGUACAAUUAAAUCAACUUAUUGGAUUAAUGGAUCAAAUUAAUGGAGUUAAAGGAAAACCAUUACAAGAAACACCUGAAUGGGAACAUUGGAAUAUUAGAGAAAAAGUUGAUGUUCAAAUUACGUAUUUAAGAAAAGUACAUUCAUUAUGUUAUUAUUGUUUAAUAGAAUAUGCAGAUGAAGAAGAGUUAUAUAGAAGAUGUACUAUUCAUUAUAGAGAAAGUAGUGUUAUUAAUCAAGAUUCACAUCUUCCUCCAAAAACAGUACAUUGGUUUAAAAAUUUUGAUAAUUAUGAAUAUAGUUUUUAUACAUCUUUAAAAGAAGAAGAUAAGGCAUUGGCAUCUGAAGCACAAAAGAGAAUUGUUUCAAAACUGUUUAAAGAAGGAAUUUGUAAUGUAUGUAAUCAAAAAGUUGAAGAUCCAGUUAAACAUGCUUUUAAUUGUCAUUCAAGUAAAAUUGAUCCAGUUGAUAUUGAUGAAAUCAAUGAACGAUUUAAACGUAAUUUCCUUUCAGAUCCAAAAAAGAAAGCAUUACCUAAUUAUUAG